AAUCCCACGUCCACUACGCGCAGUUGGGGACCGAUGUGACGAUACCAUGUAGCUCAGUAGACCAGGGGACGCCUGUCACCUGGACGGCCAACAGCACUGAUCUGGAUGCUUCCCAUCUCAACGGCUCCCACCUUGUCCUUCGGAAUGUGGACCUCUCCCACAACGGACAGUACUCUUGCUAUGAGGGGUCUUCGUGGCACCUCAAAGAUCGGGUCAACCUCAAAGUUGGAACACCGCCCCGGGAGCCCAGUUUGAUGUGCCGGUCCAACAACUAUCCCAUCGGCUUCUACUGCAGCUGGCACCUGCCCAGCCCAACCUACAUUCCCGACACCUUCAACAUCACCGUCAUACACGACUCCCAGGAGAUCGUCUGUGAGAAGGACACGGGGCGGUUUUUGUCCACGAUAGGGGGCUGGGAUGAGCAACCCCCUUCCAGCCCAUUCCCUUCUGAUUUCACCAUGAAACCAGAUCCUCCCGAAAAUGUGAUCGCAAAACCGAUCCCUAACAACGCCCGGAGGCUACUGGUGACCUGGCAGUACCCUUCUUCCUGGCCGGAUCCGGAGUCCUUCCCUCUCAAAUUCUUCUUGAGAUACCGACCGCUCAUCAUUGACCAGUGGCAGCACGUGGAGCUCUCUGAUGGGACCUCCCACAUCAUCACCGACGCCUAUGCCGGGAAAGAAUACAUCAUCCAGGUGGCCGCCAAGGACAAUGAGAUCGGCACCUGGAGUGACUGGAGUGUGGCCGUCCACGCCACACCCUGGACGGAAGAGCCGAAGCACCUCACCACCGAAGCCCUGGGAGCAGAGACCACCACCAGCACCACCUCCACGUUCAAGGCGCCCCCCACCACCAGGAUCUAUGACUCAGAGGAACAAAGCAGCGAUGAAGCCGUGUCACCUUCUGUGGUCCCAGGCCUGGCUUUGGUGGCCUUCGCCCUUCACUUAAUCUAG